AAGAGAAAUCAAAGUCACUGCUUCCUCUUUCGUCUUGUUCAGUUGGAGAGAAACACAGUAAAAAAAAAAAACCUAAAAAGGGAUGAAACUCGCAGGUCUGAAAUCGAUCGAGAACGCGCAUGAAGACUCCGUCUGGGCAGCGACUUGGGUUCCAGCGACGGAAGACCGUCCGUCGUUGCUUCUGACGGGAUCUCUCGACGAGACGGUGAAGCUAUGGCGAGCGGACGAGCUGGAUCUUGUGCGGACCAAUACGGGACACUCCUUGGGAGUAGCAGCUGUGGCGGCGCAUCCUUCGGGGAUAAUCGCAGCGUCUUCUUCGCUCGAUAGCUUCGUCCGUGUCUUUGAUGUUGACACUAAUGCUACUAUUGCUGUUCUUGAAGCUCCUCCUUCUGAGGUUUGGGGGAUGCAAUUUGAACCUAUGGGUACAAUCCUUGCUGUUGCAGGUGGUAGCAGCGCCUCAGUCAAGCUCUGGGACACUGCGAGCUGGAGAAUACUCUCAACUCUAUCAAUCCCACGUCCAGAAGCGCCAAAACCUUCUGACAAAACCAGCAGUAAGAAAUUCGUUCUCUCCGUAGCUUGGUCUCCUAACGGGAAACGCCUUGCUUGUGGUUCAAUGGACGGCACCAUCUGCGUCUUUGAUGUUGAACGCUCCAAGCUUCUUCACCAGCUAGAAGGUCACAACAUGCCUGUGAGAUCCCUUGUGUUCUCCCCUGUAGACCCGAGAGUCCUCUUCUCCGGAUCAGAUGACGGGCAUGUGAACAUGCACGACGCAGAAGGGAAAACGCUGGUGGGGUCUAUGUCGGGGCACACGAGCUGGGUGCUGAGCGUUGAUGCUAGCCCAGACGGUGGAGCUAUAGCUACAGGGUCAAGCGAUAGAACUGUGAGGCUAUGGGAUCUUAAGAUGAGAGCGGCCAUUCAGACAAUGAGUAACCAUAAUGAUCAGGUUUGGUCUGUAGCGUUUAGACCACCUGGUGGAACUGGUGUCCGUGCUGGUCGUCUCGCUAGCGUCUCCGAUGACAAGAGUGUAUCUCUCUAUGAUUACUCAUGAAAAAACCCUUUUAAUGCAUUCUUCAAGUGGAUUCACUAGUUGUAACAAUGUAAUCUUGCAACAGCUAUUUGUUUGUUCAAACUUCACGUUUAGAACUUA